AUGUCACCAGCUUUUUCUCAAAUUGCAAGACCAGAUCUCAGAGCUAAAAUCAUUUUUGUUGGCAGAAGCGGUGUCGGGAAAACGAGCAUCAUUCUUCGACAUGAUGGUCAAGGUUUCUAUAGUAAAGUCAGCCCGACACUAGGAGCUAGCUUUAUUUCUUCGUUUUUAUUUUUGGAUGGUAAAAACGUCGAAUUGCAAAUAUGGGACACAGCGGGGCAGGAACGCUAUGCAUCCAUGCUUCCGAUGUAUCUGCGUAACGCAGUUGCAGCAGUAAUCGUUUACGAUGUAACUGAUCGCGAUUCAUUUUUAGAGAUCAAGAAGUGGGUUAAUGAAGUCGAACGUGGCUCGACAGUUCCUGUCUCCUUAUUUGUUGUUGGCAAUAAAUUAGAUUUGGAAAGUGCUCGAGUGGUACAGUAUCAUGAAGGAGCACAAUAUGCCGAACAAAUUGGUGCUGCUUUUCACGAAACCUCGGCAAUGAAUGGUGAAGCAUAUGUCGAUCUUUAUUUUACUGGAGCUUAUAGUGGCGAACCAUCAGUUAUUCAUCUCUAA